AUGGCGGCCACCACGGAACGCGAAAUUCGUAAACUCAGGAAGAAACUUCGACAGAUUGAGAGUUUAGAGCACGCUGAUCGUGAAUUGAACGACGAAGAAUUAGGAAAAGUUGCCAAGAAAGACAGCAUUAGAAUUACACUACAGGAAAUACUUGCACAGUUCACAGAAUCUGAAGAUGAUCAUCAGAAUUCCAGUACCGACAGCUUGGAACAGCUUUCUGGCACAGAAAGCAUGCUUGAAAACACUUCACAUAGCUUGUCCCAAGACUCCACAUUCAGCCACGACGAACGCAUUAUAAAACGGAAACUUAAUGAUGAAGAGUCAAUUGAAGAAAUACCUAGUGCGGUUAUUGAUGACAGUCAUGUACCAGUAGAACCACACCCAGCCAAAAUUUCAAAAAAGGAACUGCAGCCUUCAAAUCGUGGUGACAGUCAAAACGAAGAAAUUAAAGGCAAAAAGAAAACACAAACUGUCAGUAGACAAAGCCAAAUGUUAGAAGCACAGAAAGUGUGGAGAAGUAGUAAAUUUACCGUUCGUCAACUUGAAGGCCAUAAUGACCUCAUAUGUGCAGUGGAUUGUGAUGAAUCAGUCAUUGUAACAGGAAGUCGGGAUACUAUGGUAAAAAUCUGGGAUGGGGAUAUCGGUUGUGAACUUCGAAGUCUUGGAGGACAUACUGGUACGGUCACUGGUGUGCGUUUAUUGAAACAAGAUGAAAGUGGAAGAUUGGCUCCACGACUAGAAGUCGAUAAAACUCACCAGAUUGCCAUCAGCUGUUCACUAGACUGCUCCAUCAAACUGUGGAAUUUGACAACUGGAGAGAUGAUAAAAUCCAUCUAUACAUUCAACCCAUUGUUGUGUAUUUCAUAUUUACCAGAAGAUUACUUGAUUGCAUCUGGUUCAGAUGGUGGUAAAAUUGAACUUUGGAAUAUUAUUGAUGGUACUAGUCUGCAUUCAGAGAUAGCAUAUGAUGCUGAAGUUACUGAUAUGCAGCUUUGCAGUAAAAACUGUAUUGUAAGUUCAUCGGCUGAUGGCUUACUCAAAGUAUGGCAAUUACGUGGUUACCAACUCAGUUUGGUCUUCGUCUCAGAAGAUGUGUCUUCCUCUACUAGUUCUAUAAUCACAUUACGUAAGAUCCACUGCCUUGCUGCACACCAAGAUGUAAUAUUCUAUGGGGACAAUGGUGUCAAUGUAAAAGUACUUCAAUGGAAAACAGCUAAUUUACAUAAAUUAAGAAAUCAUCUCGAUGACUUUGGCAGUACAGAUGCUAUGUAUAUUCAGAAUGAUGUCAUGGUAUGUUCUGGAUUUGACUUGGAUCAUGGACAUGGCUAUAUCAAUGUAUGGACCAUACCAGGAGAGCAUUACUUGGGAACUUUAAAUGACAAAUCUACCAGUCAUAUUUACGCUAUUUCUUCAACAAAAACCAAGAUUGGAACUUACAGAAUAAUAACUGGUGGGAAUGAACUGAAACUAUGGGAUCAGAUACACCAAAAUUCAAAGAUACCCAAGGGCAGUUAUGGCAUUGACUUCAACUGGUCGUACACGAUAAAACCUACUGACUCUGAGUCUGAAAGUGAUGCUGAUUUCAGUGAAGAAGAUGAAAUCAACAGACCAAGAUCUAGAAGACGAUCGUCGGGUGGGUUGAGUCAUGAACCCAAAGAAAGUGGAGGAUUAUGGUCCUGGUGUUCUCUGGUUUGACCGCAGUUUCUGAUGGCUUGGUUUAUCAACCACUUUGCAAUUGAAAUUGCUUCUGUUUCUUCUUGAGUGACAUUUAUCAAUUGUCUUUUGAAACUAUGACUCUGGUAAGUCAUGAAUACGCAUCUUCAAGUCGUUUGGAUGGAAUUAAUAGUAACAAAACUCUGUAUUUUGCAUUAGACUGUUUGGUGUGGGGUGCUCUGCAUUUCCACUAACCCUUCCCUAGUCGCAGUUGACGAAUUACAGUUUGAUUUCAUCAUUUUCACAAAUGGCUAGGACAAUUUACCAACUACGAAUUAUUUUGAGAAAUUACUUAGUGUAUUGUAAAAUGAUAUAUGAACUUGUCUUUUUACUGAAAGGGCGGCAGUCGUCGCGCUGCGUCCUGUUCGAUAUGGGACUCAUAGCGACGUAUACAACGCGUGUAAAAUACAUUUACAUGAAAUUCGAACACGCACUGCUCAACAAC